AUGGUUACAACAAGAAGUGGCGUUAAAUCUGGAAAAGCUGAGCCAAAUGAGGCGAAAAAUGGAGAAACAAGCGCAUCAGGAAAUACGAGAAAUCGUGCAAGAAGUGCUGUAGCCGCAAAAUCAUCGCAAACAUCAACGAGAAAAAGAGCGAAGAGCACAGCGCCAACUUCGCAAAAACGACAAAGAGUGAGUUUUUUUCACCAUAUUUUCGAAUAUUCACGGGAAACUGGUCGAUUUCGAAGAAUUUUCUGUUUAUUUCAAAUUAAAAGUCAUAGGAAAAAUUGGAAAAAUCUACAAAUAAGAAUUCAAACCGAGAUCAAUUUGAAUUUGAAUUUCAGGUUGCGUCGAAUGAUCCAGAUGUUUCACCUGAUCUUCAACAAAGGCAAACACGUUCGAUGACACGUGGCGUUUCUUCGAAUUCACAAGGUUCGAGUUCAAUUUCAAACGCAAGAUCUGCUCAAACUUCGGAACAAUCGGUCAGUUCAAUUUUCAUCUCUGGGAAAUUAGCAUUUCUUCAAACUGUUCAAAGCUUACAACAAAAAAGGAGAUUUAAGUUUUUACAGUGAAAAUUGAGAAACAUCUUCUUGAAAAUUAGACUGAAGCCUAUGUAAUUCUGAAAGUAAUCUCAAACAAAUUUUUCAAGGACAGAAUCUAGAAAUAUAAACAUCUACAAAAAAGGAUACAAACAGAAAUCAAUUUUUAAUUUUUAGGCUUCGUUCGCUCAACAAUCAAAUGCACGAAAAUCGCGAUCAAAAUCGAUCUUGCCAAAUACAAUCGCAGCAACUAGGGCAGCAAAAAAAGGAAAAACAGCAGAAUCGAAUGCAGGAAUUUUAUCGAGAAGAGGAUCAGUUGUUGGAACUCAAAUCGGAGAUGAUUCUGGUGCCGGAUGUUCUACUAAUGUUAGUUUUUUUUUGUUUUUCGAUUAAUAGUAAAUUCCCAUCGUCUUGGAGAACAUUUUAGAGAAAAAUUCUCACAAGGAAACCAGUUUGGAGUUGUUUGGACCAACCAGAUGAAAUUUUUGUACAUUUUUCAUUUUUUUUCUGUUUUCUAUUUUUCGCUGAAUUAAUGAGUUUGAAAUUAAUUUAUAAAUAUGUACAACAGUUUUUAAUCAUCAUUUUCCAGGUCAAACAUUGCUCACACCCCAAAUUUCGUAACAAAAUCAUUUUUUUUUCAAAAUUCGAUGAAGCUACACAAGUUUGAUUCAAAAAAAAUUGCAUUUUAUUCGGAUUUUUCAAUGGAACUCAAUCAGGCUACAGACAGAAUGGUUAAUUUUUGAUAAUAAUUUUUUUUGUGAAUAUUUUUUUCAUUUGUAUUUAUCACAAUAAACGUUUUUUUUUGAUACGCAUAAAAUACUAUUCAGCCAAAAAAGAUACUGAAAACGAGUUCCAAACAAAGCUCCUCAAAAUCCGCCUCCUUGGAAUUCCCACCAACGGGAAGUUCCAAUGGAUGUACACGCUUUGAGUUACAAUCAAACUCCGAACUGGUUUCCUGGAAAUUGAGAAACAUCUUCUUGAAAAUUAGACUGAAGCAUAUGUAAUUCUGAAAGGAAUUCCGACAGAAUCUAGGAAUAUAAACAUCUACAAAAAAGGAUACAAACAGAGAUUUGAAUUUCAGGUUGUUACGAUUACUGGACAAGGCAAUGAUGGAGCACAUCGUGGAAGACGUUCUCAAAGCCGCUCAACAACACGUGCAGAUCGUGCUCCUUCUACUUCAACAACACGUGCUGGACGAGCAUCGGAACUUGCAAGUGUUGAAUCGGUUAGUUUAUUUUUCAUGUUUAUAUUUUUGUGGAAAACUAACACCGCUUUGAAUAUUCCAAAUUUCUCGUGGAAACCUCAAACUUUUCUAUUUUCAAAGUCACCCAUUUUUUAUCAAAAGAGAAAUCCAAAUCAAUUUCAGAUGUUUUUGAAUUUUUCAUUAAAUUUUAUAAUUCAUCUGAAAAAUCAUUCUGAAGUCUCAACUUUUUUGACAAGCUCAAUGAUAACUUGAGAACUUUAUAACUCAUCUGAAAAUUAAUCUUAAACACAAAAUUUUCUUUAUGAAGUUUAGGAUUUAAUUUUGAAUAAAAAAUAAUUCAAAAAAUCAAAAUAAAAUUCCAACCUAAUUUUAGAAGAAGGUAUUAUAAAAUUGAAAAAUUCAAAAUGUAACAAAAAAGAACAAAUUGAGAAAAGUUAAUAAAAACAAAUUAUUAUUUUUCAUCUCUAUAUUUUUGUGGAAAACGAACACUGCUUUGAAUAAUUCAAAUUUCUCGUGGAGAUUUAUUGUUAGAGAAAAAAAUUGAAGAUUUUUAUAAAAUCAAAUUUUCUGAAUCAAAAAAGAAAUCCAAAUCAAUUUCAGAUUUUUUUUUGAAUUUUUCAUUAAAUUUUAGAAAUCUCUAUAUUUCAUUUUUCAAUUUAUUCAAAAUUUCAAAAAAACUUUUGAACUUUUUUCAAGCUUCAGGGAAACUUGAGGACGCAUCUGAAAAUUAAUCUCAAACCCAAAAGUUUCUUUAUGAAGUUUAGGAUUUAAGAGACGUUAUUCAUAAAAACCAAAAUCAGUCGGCACAAACAAAAAAUUCGAAUUUCGGUUUUUUUAUUUAUUUGAAAGCCCUUUGGGUAGGAAGCAAAACGCGCAUAAUAUGACGUCAUACAAACGUCUCCUCCUCCCGGACUACACGGUUUUGUACCGGAACGGUAUUUUUUCGAUCUAACGUAACUUUGCUCUACGUUCACAUUUUUUCAUGUUUAAAAAAGCAAAAAUGCUUAUUUUCUUGCGAUAAAUCGACUGGAAGCAACGACGAAAUCAUUAGAUUACGUUUAAAGAAAGUUCUAAAAUGACCCCCCAAAAAAUAUGCUUGGGAGUAACGACGUCCUUUCAACUCCUUUUCCAUUCGAUUCCUCUCGAUUUUUUAGGUAUAUUAACAUAAAAAAUAAAUAAAAUCAUGACACCUUUCAUAUUGUGAUAUACCGUCAAAAACAACCUAUCUGCGCGCAUGCAACAAACACAUGUUCUCACCUCUCCCUUUCUUGCUUUUUUUUUUCACUAUUUUUCAUCAUUUUUUCUUUGAAACAGCUAGUUUUUGACUUUUUAAUAUAAUAUAUACAGUAUUUGUCAUUAAAAAAUCAUCUAUGAUGAAAUUCAAAGAUAAUUUAUCUUUUUCAUGAAAAAAAAUCAAAUAAUAUUAAUUUUGAAUAUUUUUUUGAAGUUUCACUUUAUAUGGAAUGCUGAUUUGAGUAACUAAAUUAAUUUUUUUGAUUCUUCAUACUUCUUUCUAGCCUCAAAUAAUUUUUUGAACCAUUUAAAGGCUUUAUCUGAAUGAUUGUUUCCAAUUCAUUACAGGAUAUUCAAGAAAUUUCGAAAUUUCAACACACACCUGUUCGCACCUCUCCCUUUCCUGUUUUUUUUUAUCGAUCCGAAUUUUUUUUUGUUUUUUAUAAAGAGGGGACAAACUUUCCUUGACUCGUACGAUUGAAAAAAACACACUUGAACUUUAAUCAAACUACACAAUGUAUUGGUUUGAUCCUUGAUGAAUUCUAGCUCUGUUUAUUUAUGUAGAGCAAAAUCUUAUUCUUUUGGUUCCUCCGUUUUUUUUCAAUCGUACGAGUCAAGGAAAGUUUGUCCCCUCUUUAUAAAAAACAAAAAAAAUUCGGAAGGGGAGAGGUGCGAACAGGUGUGUGUUGAAAUUUCGAAAUUUCUUGAAUAUCCUGUAAUGAAUUGGAAACAAUCAUUCAGAUAAAGCCUUUAAAUGGUUCAAAAAAUUAUUUGAGGCUAGAAAGAAGUAUGAAGAAUCAAAAAAAUUAAUUUAGUUACUCAAAUCAGCAUUCCAUAUAAAGUGAAACUUCAAAAAAUAUUCAAAAUUAAUAUUAUUCGAUUUUUUUUCAUGAAAAAGAUAAAUUAUCUUUGAAUUUCAUCAUAGAUGAUUUUUUAAUGACAAAUACUGUAUAUAUUAUAUUAAAAAGUCAAAAACUAGCUGUUUCAAAGAAAAAAUGAUGAAAAAUAGUGAAAAAAAAAGCAAGAAAGGGAGAGGUGAGAACAUGUGUUUGUUGCAUGCGCGCAGAUAGGUUGUUUUUGACGGUAUAUCACAAUAUGAAAGGUGUCAUGAUUUUAUUUAUUUUUUAUGUUAAUAUACCUAAAAAAUCGAGAGGAAUCGAAUGGAAAAGGAGUUGAAAGGACGUCGUUACUCCCAAGCAUAUUUUUGGGGGUCAUUUUAGAACUUUCUUUAAACGUAAUCUAAUGAUUUCGUCGUUGCUUCCAGUCGAUUUAUCGCAAGAAAAUAAGCAUUUUUGCUUUUUUAAACAUGAAAAAAUGUGAACGUAGAGCAAAGUUACGUUAGAUCGAAAAAAUACCGUUCCGGUACAAAACCGUGUAGUCCGGGAGGAGGAGACGUUUGUAUGACGUCAUAUUAUGCGCGUUUUGCUUCCUACCCAAAGGGCUUUCAAAUAAAUAAAAACCGAAAUUCGAAUUUUUUGUUUGUGCCGAGACCUAUGCGAAUUAUUAUGAUUUUACAAAUAACGUCUCUUAAUUUUGAAUAAAAAAUAAUUCAAGAAAUCAAAAAAAAAUUCCAACCUAAUUUUAGAAGAAGGUAUUGUAAAAUUGAAAAAGUCAAAAUGUAACAAAAAAGAACAAAUUGAGGAAAGUUAAUAAAAAAAUAAUAAUUAUUUUUCAUGUUUAUAUUUUUGUGGAAAACUAUUUGAAUAAUCCAAAUUUCUCAAAAAGAAUGUGGAGAUUUAUUGUUAGAAAGAAAUAUUCGAAGCAAAAUUUAAGAUUUUUUGGGUGGAAACCGCAAACUUUUCUAUUUUUAAAGUCACCCAUUUUUUAUCAAAAGAGAAGUCCAAGUGAAUUUCAGAUUUUUUUUAAAUUUUUCAUUAAAUUUUAGAAACCUCUAUAUUCAUAUUUCAAUUUCUUCAAAAUUUCAAAAAACUUUUGAACUUUUUUUCAAGCUUCAGGGAAACUUGAGUACGCAUCUGAAAAUUAAUCUUAAACCCAAAAUGUUCUUCAUGAAGCUUAGGAUUUCAUUUUGAAAAAAAAAUAAUUCAAGAAAUCAAAAUAAAAAUCUAACCUGAUUUCAGAAGAAGGUAUUAUAAAAUUGAAAAAUUCAAAAUGUAACAAAAAAGAACAAAUUGAGGAAAGUUAAUAAAAAAAUAAUAAAAAUUUUGAAAUAACACAAAAAAUAUUGAUUAAAAUUUCAGGCUCCACCGGUUGCUGAAUCAAAUGAUAUGAGAUCCACGAGAUCGAGAUCGACUUCGUUCUUCCCCGUUAAUGUAUCAUCAACAUCAGUUGCAUCAUUGCGUUCUUCUCGUCAAAGAUCAUCGACUCCUGGUCCACAAGCAGAUACAAGAGGAGGUCAAACGAAAUCUCGAAAGUCCAUGAAGGUUAAUUCAGAUACUGAAAAAAAAAUUCCAAACAGAUUUUUUGAACAUCUGAAUUGUUCACAAGAUUUAGGAAAAAUGGUUAGAGUCUAUUUAUUUUACAAAAAUAGUCUUACACAUUUUCUUUCUAUAUUUGAGCUCUAAAUAAAAAUUUCAGGUUCCGCCAAUCGAUUUGCCAACUCCAGAUGUUUCACCAAGAAAAACAAGAUCGCGAUCAAAAAGCGUUGCUCAAAAAUCUCCAGAAGCUUCGACUGUUGAUGAAAUUUCCGGAAGACAAACGCGAUCUCGCUCCAAAUCUUUUGUACAAUCUCAAAAUGUUCCGAAAUCUACUGGUAAAGCAGCUGAAGAUGUGAGACGAUUGGAACUAUUGCAAAAAAAAAUGGUUAGUUUAUUUUUUUUUGAAUCGGAAAUUUUGAAAAAAUGAGAAAGAAUGUUGGAUCAUUAAACACAAAAUCCGGAAUGAUUUCUAGAAAAAUUUGCAACUUUUUUCUCUAUUUUCACGGCUUCUAGAAAAAAAUUCCAAGGACCUUUUUUAUUGUUUAAUGUUUUUUGAAAGUUGUAAAGAAAAAUCCAGCUAAAGUUUAAAAAAAUUAAAAAAACAUUUCCAUAUCAACUUUGUUCUGAAACUUCUAGAAAAAUUCUAAAGACUUUUUUUGAUAAUUAAAUUUUUAUUUUGAAAUUCUAAAAAAAAUCGUGGGACUUUAUUUAGUAUUUGGGAAGUUUACAAGAAAUGUGUGAAUAAAAAAAUGAAACAAAGAAAGCAAAUUAACCAAAAUUUCAGAUCCCACCGGAUGUUGAGCAACAUGACGAUGAUUCGCGACGUGUUACACGAUCUCGAUCGAAAAGUUUGGUUUCAAACAAUGUUCUUUCGACGCCAAAACCUGCGCCAUUUCGAAAUUAUGGUAAAAGCAAUGUUUUGGUGCUCGCAGUAAAGUAUCACAAAUUGGAGAUAAUUGAAAAGAAGAAAGCGAUAGAGGAAAAGUUGGAAAUUUUCCAAGAAUUUUCGAAAGCCGAAGCUGAACAAAUUGGGAUUGUUGUGGAACAAGAGGAGGAGGAUACUAGGGUUUACUGGGGUGAGUUUUUUAUUGGGAUUUAUCAAAUUUAUUUUCAAACUCAUUUUCAAAAAUAAAACACUUUAAUUCAAACUUUGUCAAUUUCUGCUGAAUUAGUAUGAGAAAGUUGAAAAAACUAUUUAUAAUUUCUUCAUUAAAAUAGUUAAUGAAUUUUGGAAUUUCGAUAGAUGUUUUCAUCAAAACAUCUCAAACUUCUGAAUAAAUUGUUGGAUAUAAAAUUUUGAAAAAAAACCGCAAAAAAAACUCCAAAAAACCUCGAACAUAAUUACAGAAAAAAGAUUGAAAAAAUUAAUCAAUAUUUAUUGCAGAUUGCCCCUGCUGUCGACUUCAAUACAAAUUGAUAUGCGGAAAACAUCCGCAUUUCAUUUGUAAAGAAGCCGCGGCAGGAGUUGGAAAAAACGGUUUGCGAAAAAUCGACGCCACCAAGUUUUCGAAUUGCCCCAUCGACAAUUGCAGGAGCUGGAAGAGGCCUUUUUGCGAAUAUAGACUUGCCAGUUAGUUUUUGCAUCUAAAAAAAAACCAAAAUUUCUAGAAGCUAAUGUCAGAAAAAAUCGAUAAUAAAUUAUUCAUCACAUCCUAAAAAAUAUUUAAAAUUUGGAUUUUUCAGAUUGGUUUCGUUUUCGGACCGUAUGUUGGAGUUCGGUCGUCGCAAGAUCCCACUUCUGGCUACAGUUGGCUCAUCGAAGGCGAACAUGGGGAAGCUGACACGUAUGUCGACGCUCAAGACGAAAACAGCAGCAACUACUUGAGAUUUGCUAAUGGUGCCAAGUCGGCAAAAGCGGAAAACGUCACAGCGGUGCAAUACCAAAACCAUAUUUUUUACAUGGUAUGUCAUCCGAUACCAGCAAACGGCGAACUGUUCUGUAAGUUUUUUUUGGGGAGAUUUGGUCUAGAAAAUUUAAACUUCAUAUAUUUUACAAGGGACUUCUAUUAGGGUGAUAAUGGGUUUCGAAUUAAGGCAAGUAUAGUAUUCUCUGAUCACGUCGCCAAGAUUUUCUGAGCAAAAUUUGAAGCUCAUUUGCGCGGCACGGCUCAGACGGAGCUCAUAAUCAGCAGAUAUUUUUUUCGGGAUCGUGAUGAGCACGUAGACUUACCUUAUUUCAAAACCCGUUAUGUCCCUUCUAAAUAAAGAAAUCUAGAAUCUAAAUAUUUCAAUUCAUCAAACUCCUAACAAAAUAUUGAAAAAUACGUUUUUUUAAGGCUUCUAUAGCGAACAGUUUGGCCGUUUUCGCAAGACUCCUCUCAAUCGCGCCCCGUUACAACCGCAUCGCUCUUCAUCUCGCCGCACAAAUCAUCGUGAAAACCAGCUCGAACAAGACGAAGAAUAUGACGACGAUUUUGAUGCUAGAGAACCAUCGACAAGCACAAAUCAAGGGCAACGCCCAAACCGUCGCUGA